CUUCCGCCGGCGGGGAGGCGGCGCGGGACGAGGGCGGAGGGGAGGGAGCGGGAGCGGUCCGUGCGCGGCGGAGUGUGAUCCAAAACAGGGGUUGCUCUUGCCGACUCUUCAGCGUUCAUAAGAGCUGAGAAGAUGGUGAAUGUUCUGAAAGGUGUUCUGGUUGAGUGUGACCCGGCAAUGAAGCAGUUUCUGCUCUACUUGGAUGAGUCAAAUGCUUUGGGAAAGAAGUUCAUCAUACAAGACCUGGAUGAAACUCAUGUCUUUGUGUUAGCUGAGUUGGUCAACUUCCUCCAGGAGAGAGUGGGCGAGUUAAUGGACCAGAACUCGUUUCCUAUUACUCAGAAGUGAGACAAACCAGAGAAAUGAGAUUACUGCAAGUUUUGGAACAGUGAAUUUCAAUAGUUUGUGUUGUUACUGUUUUAAAUAGAUAACACUGUGGCAUGUAAGUCCUACAUAGAAGUGGCUACUAUAGAAAAUGCAUCAUUUUCAUAGAAAAAAAUAGUCUAGAAUUGGAUUUUGUUUCUCAUUUUGAAAGAAUGUGGUAUCUUUAUUAAAAGACUUAAAAUUAUACACUUGAGGAGUUCCCUUGAGAAUUCUUGAUGCAUGCUCUCUGGUUUUCCUUUAGGUUUUUAUCUUGCAAGAUAUGACCCAAAAAAUAGAGUAGUGUUUCUGUAUUGGAAUGCUGUAUGAGGUCCUCUGUGGAUGUGUUGUGUUCCUGUGUGUGAUUGAAUCUGAUUAUAGUGUGACUGAUAGAAAGUAAAGAAUGUCAGUUGAAGUAUGAUCUGUGCUUGAUGGAACAUUUGUAAAUUGGAGGCAUGGUCAGAUGCUGCUCUUAACUGGAUGGGUUUUAUACAGCAGGAUGAGAGUUGGUCUGUUUUGUGGUGUUGUUUGAGGUUGGGAGCGUUGGGGGUUUUUUGUUAAAACAUGUUACAAAUGCCCCAUACUACUUACCUACUUUUACCAAGGCUGUGCUUUCCGAGUUGUUCUGAGUUUGGGGAGAGGUGGUGGGAGUUUGGAGUGGAAGGAGGGAUUGGGACAACAAGAUCUAUUGCCCUAGACUAUUAUAAACUAAAGGGGUGACAGAAAUUAGAGACCAGUCCUAUAGAUAUAAUUGCUUGUAUUUUUUCACUGAAGCCAGUAGUCACAAUAAGUUAUGUGAUCAGACUCCCAAGCUCUACCUAACAAUCAAGAAAGCUGGGCUUGGAUUUUUGGUUAUGAGGGGAUGUUUUCAGCUUAGUUAUUUUUCCCAUAUUGCCUUUUGCUGUAAAGCAAAAAGCUUUGUAUUGUCAUGGUUUGGUUAUUUGGGUUUUUUUACUCUGUAUUUGUAACUUUAGCUCAGACACUGGCUUAACUUUUAGAUAGAUAGAUGCCACCAUUUUGUCUUUGAGAAAAAGAAGUGUAAAGAGAAAGGCUUUUCAUAAGGAACAGUUUUCUUUACUGACUCUCCCACUACUGCUUGUUUUCUUUUGUCCAGUAGACAGCAGAUUAAUUGGUAGGUUUAUCCUUGUUUUUUGUUCAGAUUGUUUUUUUCCUCAGAAGGAGGAAUCUUCAGGAGAAAAUUUCACUAGAUGUUUUUAAUCAAAAAGCUGUCCAGAGAAAGUUUUGUAGAAUUGUGUAUAUUCGAGUUCAUGGGAUGAGCAAAUAGCCCUGCAAAAUUUAACUUCAUGACAUUUCUGGUACCUUCCCUUUUCUCUGACUGUAUAGAACAAUGAGUUUGGGUCUAAAUUGUUUAAUCUUUCUUUCACAAGUGGGUGCUUCCCUGGUCAUGUAGAUUAAGAACCAGCCACGUGUCUUUACCUGAAAUAAGAAGUUUAAAUCUUAUUUAUAAAUGGUUUAUGGUUUUUUAUCUCUUUCUUGAGAUUGAUCUCGAGAGACUGAUCAAACACUGACCUCAUAAUUUAUUUUGUGGAAGGUUGUUGGGGGGUCAUUUAAUGGAGAAAUAAUCAGUAGUUUUAACAUGGCAUUAUAGCCUAAUACAAUUUAUUUAGAAGGGUGUGUUUCCUUUCUUUGGAAUCCUAGUUUAUUUUCCAUCCAGAUUCUGCUGAAAGGUAAAUCAUCCAUCACUCUUUUCAAACUACAGCAUUUGAGAAGUCAUGUUUGGAAUUCCACAUGUUAAGCUUCUCUGUAUAUCGCAUGCCUAGUGCUCCAUUUCUAUUGUGACUUUCCUUUUCAGUCUGUAAUAAACUUCUUGCAGUUCUUGUCUUUUUCUCUGGUUAACUGUA